UUCUGGAAGAGAAUUGCAGCCCUGCAGCAUCUGCUGGCACUCAGGGGGGCAUGGACAGCAGGGCUGGGCAGCCUGGAGCAUCCCUGGAGUACCCAUCUCCACUGCCUCAUCCCUCAGGGGAGGAGGGACCUGCUGGUGGCUGUCCUUACCAGCCUUUCCCAGAGCCCUUUCUUUGCCCUCCCCAUCAAACACACCGCUCAAGAACCAAUCCAGCAAUCAAUCACCAUUUUCCUUAAUCUUUUUUUUAAAAAAAGGGAGUCACCCCCCGCUCUGAGCAACCUUCCAACCUGCAGCUUCUUUGCAAGAAAACACCUUAGAGCUCUCGGCUGCUAAUUCCUGUGUGGAGGAAAAUAAUUUGGAGAGGCAGAUCUGGGAUCUUGGGAGCAGCAGGGCUCUGUGCUGGCUGCUGGCAGAGCCCAUCCCUGCCUUCCUGCCAAGGGUGAUGCAGGGAACAAAGCCCCACCUAAGGACCACGGCUGCCUUCCCUGGGCCCCUGCCAUGCAGGGCUGCUGGAGGAUGGAGCAGGGAAAAAAAUCCCCAAAACACCAAGAAGCCUCUGGAAAAGAAAAGGCCAUGAAGACAGCUGGGGAUUUACAGGCCAGCGCUCCGGGUUGGAUGUGGGCGCCUUCUCCGGUGCGCUGCCAUCAUGAGAAGGUUUAAGGACCUGAUUUUAUGGAUGCCUAAAUAAAUUCAUGGAGCUAAUAUAUCACAAUACAGGGUGUAUUUAUCUGCUUUGCAGGAGUGGGAUAGAAUUAGACAGCAGUGUCUCUCUCAAGGCCAGCCCUGCUGUAAUUCAUGCCCCGAGGCGACCAGCCAAGGGGAGGAGGAGGAGGAGGAAUUCUGCAGGCAGCAGUAUUGAUGGGCUACUCCCAGCAGCUUUGUUUUAAUUAAUUUUCAGAGUGCUCCUUGCAGUGGAUCAGGCAGCUCCUUCAAAGCCUCCUUCCACCCACUGCUGCCCAUGCUCUUGAGCAGGGUCUGGGGCAGCGGGGUGAGCCCAGAGCCCCCCUGGCCCUUGGAGCCCCCAAGCUUUUGGUUAAACAGAGCAGAAGCUGUUGUUGUUUUUAAAUAGGGGGGGCUUCUCCGUGGCCAAGAGGUCUCUUUGAUGUCCACAGCGUGGGCAGGUGUAUUUGUCACAGCUUUUCUCUUCCCCUUUUUAUUGACUUUCUGCUUGUUCCUGCUGCCAGGGGUCAGCCGGGGCGUUGGCUGGACUUUGCCAAAAGUCCACCCAAAGCAUCUGGCUCCCAGGUGCUGACGCAGUGCCCUGCCCCGAGAUACGAGGGGUUUGAGCAGCGGGUUUGCAGCCCAGUGGGGUGUGUGGUGGUGAGGCUGGAACGGGGCUGUGCCAGCUCCAAAGCUUUUCCUGAGUAAGCAGGUCUGAGAACCUGAACGGCAUUUGCCCCGUGAGCAGCAGCGUGACAGCAGCAACCACAGCUCAGCGCCGAGCUCGGGGUGACCUGGCUGACACGAAGGGACUCGUCCCCAUCCAGGACGCCAUGGCAGGUGACACGGAGCCCUCCAACACCAUCAAAGUGCUGCACCUGCUUUUCCUCUCCACCUCCUGGGGAAUGCAGGUGUGGGUGACCUUCGUGGCCGGGUUUGUGAUGAGCAGGCACCUCCCUCGCCACACCUUCGGCUCCAUCCAGCGUGAGCUCUUCCCCUACUACUUCCACAUCAGCUCCACUUGUGCCUUCCUCAACCUGACCCUGUUUGCCAUGUCCCACCCCAGCGAGCGGCUCGGCGAGGAGCACUCCACCCAGAUCAUCAUCUUCCUCGUCUGCAUCGCCGCUUCCGUGCUGAACACGCAGUGCUUCGGGCGGGCCACCUCCGACCUCGUCGACCUGCGGCUGGCGGAGCGCAGGCACGGGCGGGGACCGGGGAUGGAACCGGGACAGGAGCCGGGGAUGGAGCCCGGGAUGGAGCCCCGCAGGCAGCUCCGCGCCUCCAGCCCCAGCCACAGGCGGCUGGCCCGGCGCUUCGCCCUGUGCCACGCUCUGUCCUCCCUGUGCAACCUGUGCUGCAUCGUGUGCAACGGGCUGAGCCUGCAGCACCUGGCUGCACAGCUCGCUGCCCUCUGAGACUGUGCCGGGGCAUCGCCACAGCCCGGCCCUGCUGCCUGGCAGCCCCCAGGUUUGGACAUUAAACUGCAGCAGCCUCAGGUGGAGAUGCUCUUGCUUGUGUACGGUGCAGAAAUUUAGGAAUUGUGAAAAGGAAAUGUUUUCUCUACAGCUGCCUGCAGCCAGCCUCCACCAUCGAAGCAGGAGGGGUUUAUGGCUGAACAGCUUUCUAAUGCCCUGUGUAUUAGCUGUGUCUAAAGCUGCAGUGUAUUCCUGCAGUCACAGAGAGACUGCAGAAGAGAGAGAAAUGAGAGAUUGAGCAUUACUUCUAAUUAAAAGCCAAAUGCAAAUACAGAAUUGCAGAAGACCCUGUAUGCUGGCUGUUCCAGUUAAUGUAAUGGGUAAAGGUGUUAUGUUGGGGUUU